AAAGAUGCCAUUGCCAUGUUAGUUUCCUUUAAUGGCCGCCAGGCGACGCUGACGUGGCAACGCACAGUUCCCUCUCUAGUUACUUUCUCGACGUUCAUGACACGCAUGAUAUGCACAUGUAUGUAUUUAAACUUUGUCAAGAAUUCAAUCGUAAAAGUUGGUCAUACUGAUACUACGUUAGAAAAUAUCAGAAAAGUGAAAAUGGCAGUUGAAUGUGGUAUACGUAUUUUAUUUUAUAUAAUUUUCUCUAUUUUCCUGUUAAAUUCAUGCGACGGUGCAGCGACAGAUAUUGAGUUAGAUGCUAAAGCUCAAUUAUUACAUAGACUUGAUAGUUUAAAUCUCCUUCUUUAUACAUUUUUGUUAAUAUUAACUGUAUUAACUAUAUGGACAUUCAAGCAUCGUCGACUAAGAUUCCUCCAUGAAACUGGUCUAGCUGUCAUUUAUGGGUUGAUCAUAGGAGCAAUCAUUCGUUAUGGAUUUACAACAAAUAGUGCUAUACUGCAUAUGCCAGUUGUACCAGAUAACAGUAGUAAAUAUAAUCAAUCAGUUCCUCCAGAUACAUUAUGGUUGCGUUUUCCUGAAGACAAAGGUGGUGGUGUAAUUAAAAAUGAAACAUUUGCUUAUACUUUUCGUGGAGAAAUUUAUAAAGAAGACAAUGAAAUUGAUUUGAAGGCUACUUUCGAUCCGGAAAUAUUCUUUAAUAUUAUACUGCCACCAAUAAUUUUUCAUGCUGGAUAUAGUUUGAAAAGGAAAUAUUUCUUUAGGAAUUUAGGAGCAAUUUUAAUGUAUGCUUUGCUUGGAACAUCAAUAUCAGCAUUUGUUAUUGGAGCAUUGAUGUAUGCCUUCGUACAAUUAAUACCACAUCUUUCUACAUCAUUUACAUUUUUGGAUACUUUGUACUUUGGUGCUCUGAUAUCUCCGACAGAUCCGCUGACAAUAAUUUCUAUUUUUAACGAUCUGCAUGUAGAUGUUAACUUAUAUGCUUUAGUAUUUGGAGAAAGUGUACUUAACGAUGCAGUUGCUAUUGUUCUCAGUGGUUCAAUACAAAAUUAUGGUGAACGUUACCAAUCUGGAUCUGGGGGAUUCGAAACAGUAGCAUUCUUUCAAGCAUUUGGCGAUUUUGUUUGUAUUUUUAGCUUAUCCUUAUUCAUUGGUGCCACCAUGGGAUGUAUUACUGCAUUGUUAACCAAAUUUACUAGAGUUAGAGAUUUUCCACUUUUAGAAUCGGCUCUAUUUGUCUUAAUGUCUUAUAGCACAUUUUUAAUUGCUGAAGCUUCAGAUCUUACAGGUGUGGUCGCCGUUUUAUUUUGUGGCAUUUGCCAAGCACAUUAUACGUAUAAUAAUUUAAGCCCAGAUUCUCGUCAACGGACAAAACAUCUCUUUGAAUUAUUAAAUUUCUUAGCUGAAAAUUUUAUAUUCAGUUAUAUAGGCGUUUCGAUGUUUACCUUUCCAAAACAUCACUUUGAUCCAGGCUUCAUCUUUGCUGGCUUUCUUUGUGCUCUCUUAGGACGUGCUGCAAAUGUUUAUCCAUUAUCAUUCAUAUUGAAUUUAGCAAGAAAACCAAAAAUUUCAAUGAAUUAUCAACACAUGCUUUUCUUCGCCGGUCUACGCGGAGCCAUGAGUUUUGCUCUUGCAAUUAGAAAUACUGUAUCAGGUGCUAGACAAGCCAUGUUAACUACGACAAGUUUAAUUGUGAUCUUGACAGUAAUUUUACAAGGUGGUGCAACGACUCAAUUUUUAAGUUGGUUUAAUAUACCUGUCGGUGUAGAUGAAGAAAUAGAAGGUUUAUCACAAAAUGGAGUACGUAGUGUGUACAAUUCACUGGACACCAUGGAGUCUGGUGGCGAAGGUGGCUUUGGCGAUCUGGACAUGCGUAGGGAAAGAAGUCCUCCGUAUAAUUCUAUGCAGGAUGGAUCAGUGCCAACCGGUGCAAAACCUAAUGAGAAAGCAUUGCUCGCUAGAAUAUGGGGUGAUUUUGACACACGAUAUAUGAAACCACUAUUAACGCACUCCAGGCCUACCUUGUUAGAAACAUUACCAGUGUGUUGUGGUCCGUUAGCAAGGAUUCUUACAACGACACAACAAAUGACACAGGAUGAUGUUUCAAGAAAAAUUGAUUCAGAUUCUGACUUUUGUCUGGAAGAUCGUGAAAUGGAAAGAAGAAGGACAAACGUACAGCCGCUGGGAACAGUGACAGGAGAAGUUAGUCCGGGACCACUACCACUGCACACACGCGUCGCCCUGCCAGGUUUGAUCGGCAGACAUUUAUAAAAAUUACAUAAUAUUGAAAAUUACUUUAAUCUCUUGCUAAUAUGUAUUAUUGAAUAUGCGACGGACAAAUAUGUUAUUUUAAUGAAUCCAUAAUGCUUAAACGAUAGGAAAGUUCUAAUGAUUGCCAAAAACACUGCUUAUGUCCAGUCAAAUUUUUGUUGGAAAAAUUUUAAACUUAUAUUAAAACUAUUUCCUAAAAUAAUAUAUAAUAAAAAAAAAAAAAAAUAUAUAUAUAUAUAUUAAAAUAAAACUGUAAUAAAAAAAAAGAAACUGGCAUAAACGUUAUUCCUAAUACACCAUUUGUGUAUCAAUUCAUUUUAAUUAUUCAGUGGAGGUCCUGGUAUACUUUUAUUAUUAUAUAAAAAUCUUUUGCAUAUAUGUAAUAAUAUUCUAUAAUCUUAUCUGUUUAAUAUAAAAACAUUAAAAUGUGUCUAGAUGUGAAAUUAAAUCUAAGUUUUUUACAAAAUUACCAUUCAGCAAAUUGAUUUUGCUGUUAAAAAGGUGAUCAUUUUUCUAUGUCGAGUGCAGGGCAUUCUACAUAACAAGAUACGCAGUAAAUACCUUUUACAUUAUAAUUUGUUUAUUAUAUAUGAUACAUUUUAUACAUAUAAGAUUAUGAUAGAUAAAUUCGUUCUCCGAUUGAAACAAUGUUAGAAAAAAAAAGCAUUAGUUAAAAGUGUAGGAAUAUCAUUUGUAAAAUGUAUCAAUUUUUUGCAUAUUUAAGCUAAUACAUUAGAGUUGUGAACAUUCUUAAUAAUACUUCAACCACGGUGAAUAUUUUUUUUUGUUUUUUCUUUUUUCUUUUUUCUUUUUUUGUCUGUUUGUUUUUUUUUUAUUUUUUUUUUAUUUUUUAUUUUAUUUUAUUUUUUUUUUUUUUUAUUUAUUUAUUUGUUAUUUAUUUUUUUUUUAUUUUAUUUUAUUUUAUUUUAUUUAUUUUUUUUUUUUUUUUAAAGAAAGUAUAUUAAACUAGAAAUAAAUGCAGUAAUAAUUCUUAUAUAUGAUAUAUAAUAAUUAACUUUGUUUUUUUCAUAUAUGGAUAAUAUAACUUAGUAUACUAGUGUAUUUUUUUUUUUCUUUUUUUUUUUCAGAAGUAAAAGAUUCUAUUCGUUAUUGACAAAAAUGAAUAUGUAAAACUUAUAAAAUGAUAAAUGCAAAUAUAUAAAUUGUUAAUUUUUGAUGUUGGCUGUGAACAUUUACACAUAGCUUAAAUUCUAAGUGCGAAUAUGUCGGAAACAUAUUUAAUUUGUAUUCUUUUUAUAAAUGAUUUUCAAUUUCCUAUAUAGAAAGUUAUUUUAAUAUACAUUACACAAGCCAAUGGUCAAUAUGCCCUUAGCGCAUUGUACUUCUUUUCUUGUUUAUACAUAUAAUUUGGCAUGCAAUUGUCAUUAUAAAAAUAUAUACAAAUAAUAAUGUUGUGAUACCAUGUACUUCAUUAUGUAAUGUUUAAUAAAAUGUUUGUAAAAAUAAAUAAGAUUGUAAACGAUUA